AUGUUGUACAAAUCCGUGUUCCCCCCCCUUGAUCUCCCGUGCACAAACAUCCUGACCUAUUUGUACCCGCCAAACCAAACCGUCUCCGAUAAACCAAUAUGGAUUGAUGCGCGGGACCCCACGCAGUCGCUUUCACCUCGGCAGAUGCUGUCCUGGGUGCGCCGGCUGGGAUUAGGCCUAGAUAACCUCGGGGUCCCCAAAGGAGAGGUGAUUAUGAUCUUAACCCCAAACCACUUGUUUGUCCCGGUGGCAUAUCAAGGAAUCGUCGGAUCGAGUCGAAUCUUUAGCGGAGCCAACCCCGCAUACACGGUCUCUGAGCUCGCAUACCAAAUCGACAACACCGGUGCAAAGGCGAUAUUAGUGCAUCCUUCCCUUGUGCAGAAUGUAGUUGAGGCCGGUGCUCGCGCGGGCUUGCCCAGAGACCGAAUAUUUCAGUUUUCCGAUCAUUUCUGUUCCCCAGUGGAUGGGGUCCUAGAUUGGCGGCAUUUGCUUGCAUCCGAGGAAGAGGCUCUUUCAUGGAAAUGGGACGAUCUCGGAGAAGACGCAAAGUCGACCAUUGCGACCAUCAACUACUCUUCCGGGACAACCGGCUUGCCCAAAGGGUAUACACCUCACGCCAUUGUGCCGGCUGCACGUCCUGAGGAGCGGUGGAUUGGCUUCUUACCUCUCUAUCAUGCAUACGGUCAGCUCUACGCGUGCCUCAUGGCUCCAAAACUGGGAGUGCCUAUCUAUAUUAUGCAGCGGUUUGCUUUCGAAGAAUUCCUAGAGGCGAUUCAGCGAUACAGCAUCACACACCUCCAAGUUGCGCCCCCGAUCUUAAUCAUGCUUGACAAGAGACCCGAGACAGCCAAGUUCGAUUUGAGCAGCGUGAAGAAUAUUCUCUGCGGAGCAGCGCCCCUAUCACGAGAACUGCAGAAUGCUAUCCAGAAGAAAUUCAAUCUGAAUGUGGUCCAAGGAUGGGGGAUGACAGAGGUGACGUGCGGCGCAAUCCAUCUGCCCGGGGGACGCAAUGACGAUUCUGGCUCUGUCGGCAUGCUUGAUCCAAACUGCGAAUGUAAACUAGUUGAUGACGAGGGCAAGCUAGCGAAACCUGGGGAAGCAGGAGAGCUGUACGUUCGAGGUCCUAACGUAUGCUUGGGCUACUGGAAAAAUGACACAGCCACCAAGGAGAGCCUGGAUUCCGAGGGCUGGUUGAAGACCGGCGAUGUCCUGAUUGUACGGGGUGAUCUAUUCUGGGUCGUGGACCGCAAGAAGGAGCUCAUCAAAGUAAAUGCGCUGCAAGUAGCUCCCGCCGAGCUGGAAGCUGUGCUUUUGGAGCAUGAGGGUGUUGCUGAUGCUGGGGUGGUGGGAAUCAUGAUCGGUGGAGAAGAGCGGCCGCGGGCGUACGUGCGGCUACAAGACGACAAACGUGGGAAGGUCACGGAAGCUCAAUUGCAGCAAUACAUGAACGGAUGUGUGGCGAAGCAUAAGCAGCUGGCGGGGGGCAUUAAGUUUGUUGAUGAUGUGCCGCGGUUGACAAGUGGCAAGAUCCAGCGGAAGAUUCUCAAGGAGUGGGCCAAGCGAGAUGCUGCUUUAUUAGAGAAGCCAAUCGCCAAGCUAUAG